AUGGAAGACUUCGAUGAAGACGAUUUUUUCAAAAAACGUUCACCAGAUUAUGCUAAAGUUGAAGCAGACAAACAAGCAGUCACUGAUCACUGUGCUCGUGAGCAUGACAAACUGAAAGAGAAGAAGAAAGAAUUCUUUCAAGAAAAGAAUGAUGGUGCCCAAGCUAGUGACACACUGAAUAAUGAAAUCAACAAAUUACUUGGUGAACUGGACGAACAAGUAAAACAAAUAACACGAGAAGAAAAGGAAAAGACCGAACUUUGUGCUAAACACUACAAGUUGGCCGAAGUCAUUGCAGAAGAAAGAGAAAAUCUGGAUACAUCUCAAAUACAAAUUGAGAACAGUGAACGUGAACUACGUCAUCAUACGACUACGAAAAGCACUUUAGAAAUGGAAGAAAAGCAAUUGCGUAAUCAACUCAAUAUUAUGAAAGAAAAAUCGAACGAGAAUAGCAAUACCCAGCACCACCUUCAGCUUUCAAUGAAAGGACUUCAAGAACAGAUCGAACGGGUUUCUCACGAACUUCAAGAACAAGAACAGAAACUCGCUCAAGAAAAUGAACAAAGACAACAAAUCGAACUGCGUAUCGAAGAAUUAAAAGCCGAAAUGCAUCAUAUUGAAGAGCAGUUGAGAAAUAUCGCCGCUGAAUUGGAACGAUUAGCUGAAGAACAACGAAAUCUUUCUGCGCAACAGAAAGAUCUAAAAAAACAACAUGAACAAUUAUUAAUCAUGAUUACUGAACUGGAACAAAUAAUUCAAGAGAAAGAAGCUGGUCUUGCUCGUCAACAAUCACAAGUCGAUCGUAUUCAGGAGAAGAUUCGGCAAUUGGGCAAAGAAAUAAACGAACUGCGCGAAGAGAUUCAAAAGCUUAGUGAAGAACUUGAAACAGUCAAUGAUGAAUUGAAUCAAGCAGAAGAACGAUUAAAAGAAUUCGAGAUUGAACGCAAACGAUUGGAAGAUGAGAAGCGUGAACUAGAGAAAAAGUUUACUGCAUUAGAUGAUCAACGUGCCGAUUAUAGUAAACAACUUAAUGCUCUUCAGCAAAAGUUACGUGCUACUGAAGAUUUAUUAGCACGAGCACAAAUGAAAGUUGCUCAACUUGAACAAUCACUCCAAACUCAAACGGAAGAAGUUCAACGUCUUCAAGAAGAACAUGACACUCUAGAAUCACGUCUGGGAGAAUUAACCGAAAGAUGUAAUGAUUUGCGAGAACAAAAAGAAGAAGCACAACAAGAAAAACAAACGGCAGAAGCUGAACUUCGAGAGGCUGAGCAAUUACUUAAUCGAUUAAAACAGCAAGAAAGAGAAGAACAAAUGCAACACAAUCGCGCGGUCAGCGAAGAACAACAAGCUCUGUCACAGUUGAAAAAUGCAGAAAAUGAACAACGUAUAGCUGAGGAACAAUUGCGCGCUGCUGAAAGUCGACUGAGACAGGCAAAGAUAGUCACCAUUGUUACAUCGUUCUUAUGGUGGACUAGAAUAUGUGUUAAACUUAUUGGUGGUCGGACUGCUGAUACGAAAGAGGCUGAAAGUGCUGUGCAACAAGCUCGUGAUAAAGUUGAACAAAAGCGCAAUGCCUGUAAUCAAGCACGUGAAAAACAUGUUGCAGCGAAGCAGAAGGCCAGUCAAUGCGCCGCUCAAUAUCGUGAACGAGUUAACGAACGAUCACAGCAAGAAAGCGUCGUUCAACAAAGAUCAUCCGAAGUCGCCACAAGAAAACAACAUCUCCAACAGGUGAGUCAUACAUUGCGUGAAGUUAAUCGACAACGAACAUCGACCGAAACCAAUCUGAAAACAGCGUCAAGCAAAUUACAACGUGCUCAAGUUCAACUUAAUACCACUACAAACGAUUUACAUAAGUCUCAGCAUGAGCUCAACACUCAUGAACAACAAAAACAAGAAUUAGAUUCUAAUAUUGAAACAUUGCAGACUACCAUCGAGAGACAUGAACGUACCAUUCAAGAGCAUCGAUUAUUAAUAAAAGACAAUCAGACAGCUUUGACUAACGCUACUAAUAAUCAUCAAACACAAGUCAUUGAAGUUCAACGUAUCAAAGGUCGAGUCGAUCAGAUGAAACGAACUCUCUGCGACAAAACCAAUAUGGAGAAAGCCAAGGUACGUGAGAUAAAUAAUCAACAGAAGUUACUCGAGAUGGAGAAACAUACCGAACAGCAAUUACGAAAUGAUUUAGCUGCAAAACGUACACAAUUAGGUGAAGUGGAAAAUGAAUUAAAGGCAACGACAACAAAACUCAUUCAGAUUACCGAUCAAAUUAAAGAUUUACAAAAUGAAAAGAAGAAUUUCGAUCAACAACAAAAAGCUAAGCGUCAAGAAUUGAGUCGCUAUGAACUCGCUCAACGUCAGGCCCGUGAACAAGUACAAAAGCAAGAUCUUAAAGCACAAAACGUUCGUCAAAAACUUGACAUACUCAAGAUUCGCGAUCAACAACUUCAUGGUGAGAUCAAAACUAUGGAAACGAAACUUCAAUCGAAGACUGAACAACUGACUGCCAAUCAAAAUACUGCUAAUCAAGUCAUUGAACAGCUUCGAUCUAUCAAACAGCAACAGGAACGUAGUCGACAAACGAUUACAACAUCAAAAAAUACAUUAAACGAUGUUGAUGCUCAAGUUCGACAAAAAAUUGAGAAAAUCGAACAGCAAGAACGCAUCUUUCGAGAAACAACUAAUCAAUUUCAUCGUCAACAAGAGAAAUUCACUCAAAACGAAGAUCUUCGUGCUGCUAAUUAUGAACGUUUGGAAAAACUCGAACAGACUAUUACUGAACUCAAACAAUAUCAUACCGAUGAACAAACAAGACUGCAACUCAAAGCCAAUGAAAUCAUCACCAACGAUCUACAAGCGAAUGGUAUCACUCCAAAAGUACGCAACGUAAAUGUGCGUCCUAUAGUGACGCCGAUCGAUUUAAAGAAGAAACAAGCAUUACCUUAA